AUGGCGUCACUCCCAUCUGACUGCACAUUGUCCGCGCACGCGGCAGACAAGCCCCAGAAACCGGAAGUAACCACGAAGUCGCUCUUCCCGGUCGAUCCCAACGUCUCUUCCACCGAUGCCACCGCACCAACCAUCCCCGUGUCGCUCCUGCAGGCGUCGCAACAACCACCACCAUUGUUCGAGGUCCGUCCCUCGCCGCUGGGCGGAUCCGGGGUCUUCGCCACACGCGACCUCUCCUUCGGAACACGGCUCCUCGCCGAGGAAGCACUCUUCUAUGCUGACCGCACCACGCUGUAUGAAGAGGUAGACAAGCUCAGCCCUGAGGCGAGGCGGAUGUUUGACGACCUGCACUCGUUCCGACGGACGCACGGGACUGACGACAUCGCCGCGCGAUUCUGGACGAAUUGCUUCCACACGCCCCUCGGCUCAGGAAUCUUCCCGCUCUCCGCACGCUUCAAUCACGCCUGCAAGGGGCACAACAACGUCGCCUUCACACUACCGAAAGCCUCUCCAUCUCCUGGCAUCGGCGACGGCGACGGCGACGGCAGCGACGGCAGCAAGAGCAACCACAGCAAGAGCAACCACAGCAAGAGCAACCACAGCAAGAGCAACCACAGCAAGAGCAACCACAGCAAGAGCAACCACAGCAAGAGCAAUCACAGCUCGCGUCCCCCGGAGAACCAGCCACCCGGCGAUGCCGACAAGCUGCUCGUCCUGUCGGUCUCCGUGCCUGACGGGGUCAAGGCCGGUCAGGAGCUCACCAUCAACUACGGGCCCCCUCCCGCGGUGCUCUUCGUGAACUGGGGGUUCCGUUGUAGAUGUGCUGGCUGCCGUCGCGGUCGAGAACGCAGGGAGAGCGCCAGCAAUCUCAGCAGCAACAGUAGCCGCCCUGGCCGUGGCAGCGGAAACACCAACACUGGAACCCCCAUCGCUACACGGAGCAGCAGGGGUGUGGGCCACGCCGGCGGCGACGACGACAACGUCCCCGACGGAACGGAUGGGGCGGCGGAUCACUGGGGUCUCACAGACCACGAAUGCGAGAAGCUCGAGGAAGGCGGCUGGGUGCGCCUGCUGGACCAGGAGAAGACCAACCUCGGCGGCGGCUACCACGACGACGAGUAUUGUCUCCAUCGUGUUGGCAGCCGUGCUCAGGCCCUGAUGGGUGGCACGACCCACGAAGUGAGCCUCAAAGGUCGCUGCAAGAAGCAGCGCGACUGGAAUAGAUCUGUAGGACGACAGCGCCCGUCCGUCUCUGCACAGUGGUGA